AUGCAGGACAUUUUCGUCUCUCCUCUUGAUGAUUUGUACAUAGUGACGGAUCUUGUUAGCACUGAUCUUCGUCGUGUCAUCGAAACCAAACCUUUGGAAGAUCGCUAUAUACAGUAUUUCUUCUACCAAAUUGUGCGUGCUUUGAAAUAUGUCCAUUCCGCUGGAGUGGUCCAUAGGGAUUUGAAGCCUUCCAAUAUUCUUAUUAACGAGAAUUGCGAUCUCAAGCUCUGUGACUUCGGCCUUGCUCGAGCUCUUGAUCAGUCGAUGACUGGCUACGUGACAACUCGAUUCUAUCGUGCACCUGAAACCAUACUCAGCUGGAAAACAUACGGUGUUGAGGCAGAUAUGUGGAGUGCUGGCUGUGUGAUUGCUGAGAUGAUCAACGGGAAGCCCUUGUUUCCCGGCAGAAACCAGACAGAUCAGUUCUUGGUUAUUCAUGAUAUCCUUGGAUCAGUUCCUCCUGACUUUCUACCGGCUAUAAGUUCCAAAAAGACUUUAGAGCACAUCGAAAGUCUUCCUUUUCGAGAAAAAAGGCCGCUUAAAGACAGACUCAAAGAUGCGUCUUUCAACGCUCUUGAUAUGCUAGAAAGCUUAUUAACGUGGAACCCAAGCCAACGAAUCAGUGCUGUUACAGCACUCUCAUAUCCAUAUCUGAGUCGCUAUCAUGAUCCGGCCGACGAACCAGCAGCGAGUGCCCCUUUAAAUUGGGCUCUCAUUGACUGUGACCAUUCAUUAGGAACAUGGAAAUGGAUGAUGUCAGUCUGA